GUGACCAGUCCCAUUCAUCCCCGCAGAACACGACGAUGGUGUGACUACAGACCCGGAAGAAGGUAAAUAAUCAAAUUUCUGGAGCUGCCCGGAGUUAACAGUGGAUUACGGAUUGCCCAAAGAAAAAACAAAGAAUGGUGUCUUUGUUGGGUAGUUACUAGAUAAGCCAAUAGAGGUUCUCUUUUCGUGUUGACGAGUCGGGUGCUUGGAACUCGGAAAUUUCAUCAUCUCGACUUGUGCCGGGAAGGAGAACGACUGGAAAGAGGGAGGCGAUCACCAAGAGAGGAGAAAUGGGGAAGCAGAGAUCACUGAGGAGUAAAGCAGUUCAUUUUGUGUCUGAUCUCACCACUGGCCUUCUCAAUCCUAUCUCUGAUAAACCUUCUUCCAACAACCAUCCUCCUCCAUCUCAACCUGAUAAUCAGGAUGACUCGAAAAGUAGUUCACUAGAAUCAAUCACUGAAGAAGAUAGUGCCGAUCCACUUUAUGGGCCAGAUACCUCUUCUUUCAAGGCAUUUCUCUAUUCGUUAUUGUCUGCUUCUGAGCCUGGAAGCAAAGCUGAAUCAGAUGCUGAAAAUGAAUAUCAAGGAGAAAUGGGCGGGGAUCAGCCAUCUGACGGUGAAACGAAAGGGAACAGUGGGAAGAAAGGCUUAUUGUCUAAGGGGAAACAAUCUCUUAAAAACAUGUACCAAUACACUAGAAUCAGUGGGUACUGGAGUCAAGAGCGGAAGGGUGAUUCUAAGUCCAAAUUUGAGAAUGAAGUCAGUCCUGAUAACUUUGAUGGACUUGAGAUGAAGGAUAUGCAGCCAAAUGGGAAGCCGCCUGUUGCUUUAGAACAUCUUCCUGACAUUUCUGAACCAUCAUUACUUCUCUCGGAAAAGACAAGAACGGUGCUCUAUGCUUCACUCCCUGCUUUGGUUAAAGGGAGGAAAUGGUUAUUGCUCUACAGUACAUGGAGGCAUGGGAUUUCACUCUCAACUUUAUAUAGAAGAAGCAUGCUUUGGCCUGGUCCCAGCCUGCUGGUUGUUGGAGACAGAAAAGGUGCGGUUUUUGGUGGCUUGGUUGAAGCACCACUGAGACCAACAAACAAAAAAUAUCAGGGAACAAAUAGGACCUUUGUCUUCACAAAUACAUCUGGAAAUCCUGUUAUAUUCCAUCCUACAGGUGCAAAUCGAUAUUACACAUUGUGCUUGACCGACUUUCUAGCAGUUGGUGGUGGUGGCCACUUUGCGCUGUACUUGGACAAUGAACUGUUGAACGGAUCAAGUUCAGUGUCGGAAACAUAUGGAAACCCUUGCCUCGCAUUCUCAGAGGACUUUGAAGUGAAAGAGGUGGAGUUGUGGGGGUUUGUGUAUGGUACGAAGUACGAUGAACUACUUGCUGCCAGUAGAACGGAAGCUCCUGGGAUUUGCCGAUGGUGACAGCGUAGAAAAGCUGCCAGCCAUUUCCUUGGAACUGGAGAUGCUUCUUUCAUUUUUGUUGUACGCAAGGAUAAGAAAGAUGACGCCGAGGCAAUCUAAUUACCGCAUGUACAUAGAGACACAGACACUCACCUUUUAUGUAUAAACGAAAUUCAAGGAAGAUGACGCCGAGGCAAUCUAAUUAGUACCGCAUGUACUUUUUUUUGACAAUAGAAGCAC